UGACAGCGACUUGCAAAUCUUCAGAAAAGCAUACGCCAGCCGGUGGGCUUACAAUGUGCUUUUAUGCUUUGGGUGUAGAGCUAACUAUUUAGCAUUUUCAUUUCGCGUUAUAUGAAAGAAGUAUUUGUGUCUGAGGAGGGACAUUGGGAAAGUUGUUUUGGUUCUAAGUAUUCACAGUCGACGCAGACCGUUAGCUAUCGCUAAACCGGAGAUGUAAAUGAAUCCAGACGGGAUCAGCCCCUGGAGCCGGUAGCAGUCAGUCACACCCUUGUCUGGGAUUUCUGAAGGACCUCUGUCUUCGGAAUAACAUGAAAACGCAUGCUAUGUUUUUUUUAUGUGAAUUAAAUUAGUGUUUAAGAUUUGUGUUUUUGAGCUUCAGAUUGAGACUUUGAUUUAGCUAAGUGAAGAGUGUGGGUUUGUAUAUGACUGACUCAUCAUCAUGGCUGGGACAGAGAUAGCCCUGAAUAGUCUGUCUACUGCAGUGUCGACUAGAUAGCCUUGCCGGAAAGCUUACUUAUUUACACAGCCAAUAGUUUUUAUUCUACUUCACCUUGGACUCUUUGUGGCAGUAUGAAUACCCCGAUGUACACCUUUGUCACGCGUGACGACAACAGUUCUGUUUAUGCAGAAGUUUCCAAAAUCCUCAUCGCAACUGGACACUGGAAGAGGCUUAAAAAAGACAAUCCGAGAUUCAACCUCAUGCUUGGUGAACGGAACAGACUACCCUUUGGACGUCUGGGUCAUGAACCAGGACUGGUGCAGCUGGUGAAUUACUACAGAGGAGCAGACAAGCUUUGCAGGAAGGCAUCCUUGGUCAAGCUUAUAAAGACAAGCCCAGAGCUGUCUGACUCUCAUAACUGGUUCCCAGAAUCCUUCAUCAUUUAUCCCACUAACCUCAAAACUCCUGUGGCUCCAGCGACCAAUGGCAUUAGCCAUUUAAAGAACAACCCCAAGACAGAUGAACGGGAAAUUUUUUUGGCCUCUUAUCUCAAUAAAAAAGAAAGUGAGGAAGGCACAGUAUGGAUAGCCAAGUCCUCUGCUGGAGCUAAAGGUGCUGGCAUCUUGAUAUCCCAUGAUGCUAAUCAGCUGCUGGAGCACAUAGAUAAUCAGGGACAGGUUCAUGUGAUUCAGAAGUACCUGGAGAAACCUCUGCUUCUGGAGCCAGGACAUCGAAAGUUUGACAUAAGGAGCUGGGUGCUGGUGGAUCAUCAGUACAACAUUUACUUGUACCGGGAAGGUGUGCUGCGUACUUCCUCGGAUCCCUACAACAGCUCUGACCUACAGGACAUGACCAGCCACUUGACCAAUCACUGCAUCCAGAAGGAGCACUCGGAGAACUACGGACGAUAUGAAGAGGGGAAUGAGAUGUUCUUCGAUGAAUUCAGGCUGUACCUGCUGAACACUCACAAUGUUGUCCUGGAGACCACCAUAUUACCUCAGAUCAAACAGAUCAUAAAGAACUGCCUGACGUGUAUUGAGCCGACAAUCAGCACCAAGCACCUGUCCUACCAGAGUUUCCAGCUCUUUGGAUUUGAUUUCAUGGUGGACCAGAGCUUCAAAGUGUGGCUCAUUGAGAUCAAUGGGGCUCCAGCUUGUGCACAGAAACUAUAUCCAGAGCUAUGUCAAGGUAUCGUCGAUGUGGCUAUUUCCAGUGUCUUCACUCUGAACAGUGGCUGCGAAACCUCAUCUGCUUCCUCUUCACCAUAUUCCUCCUCUCCAUCCUCCAUGUUCACCACCAACUCCUGCUCCUCUCCCAAACUGAGAGCGCCUCUUCAUGUAGGUCCUUUCACGCGACUGUAAGCGUGCACAUUUCCCCCUCAUCUUGGUAUUAGCAGCUUCUUCCACUUUCUGUCUCACUUGUAAACUCUUGAGAAGUAGCACAUGCCAGCCAGCCAAGCCUUUAUUUCUACCAGUCUCUGUUAGGCAUGGGGGGGGUCUUCUUCUUAUUUCACUGAACUGCAGACAUUAUGCAUAUUAUGAUUGUGAGGACGGUUAUGCAUCAACAAGAAAGUUUAUUGGGAGUUUCUCAAGAGGACAGAUGCCCUACCAUCUCAGUUUGACCACUGGGUUCUCCACACCUCAGUGGAGGUCUAAAGGAUGCAGAGACACUCCAAAUGAGACUGUAGUGCCUUACAUUUCCAGCCACGCUCACUUAAAAAGACUGCCGAUUAGCAAACUCUUUUUUUGUGACUUUUACCUAAAGCCUUUGCACUGUUGCUAAAACAAAAAGCCAAUGCUGUUAAUGGUCAACAAGAAUUGGGAUAUAAAAAAGUUUGUUGAUAUUUAAGAUCUAUGUAGGUUUGGGUAAUUAUUCAUGUUGUUGUUUUUUUUUUCAUAAGAAACUUUUUGAUCUUUUUUUUAAUCCGGCCAUCUGCACCCAUUCAUUUCAGUGAGGAAUUCCAACAGUGAUCAGGAAGCUUCAGAGAGGGGAAUGUUUCAAUGUAAGAACUCAAUGUGUCUGAUGAGAUUAACAUUCAAGCUGUCAAGUCUGGUCUUGAAAUCUACAUAGCUCUUAGCUUGACCUUAUGGAAACAACAUUGAGCGCAGCUAGAAUACACGAAGAGAAGACCGUCCAUCAUGUGGUAAACUCAGGUUUAAGUCUGUCCCAACAAAUUCUGCUGAAUCGUUCCGGCUUCUGACAUCUGUAUCGCAAGAAGGAAAGAGAAAAGAGAUCUCUAGCAAAGUGAUUAAGAAGAAAGCAUUGGCUUACAUGAUUCCUUUCUUAAAGGUAGAGACAAAAGCAUUUUUCAUUGCAGCUUGUAAACACAACAUUCAAACUGGGCCCCUCCUCCUCCUAUGCUCAUCGGCCCCCUGAAGCGAAUACUCACUGCAGGACCUAGUGUGUACUGCUUGUACCUACACUGCAGGCUACCGCAGGCUAACACACCACCUGUCCAAACAGAAAGUGGACCAACUCCCCAUCCACGGGUGAAAGCCAACUAAAGGGUCAAUCUUGUUUUUGAACGAGCUUUAACUGCUUGGCAUGUCGCUUCACUAUGAAGAAUAUUUGCUCUUCUUUGCCGCUACGUCCGCACCGCCAAAUUCACCAUUUGGAGUGAAGUAUGAUUGUUGAAUUGUAUUCACUCUCAAACUCACCUGCGUCCUGUCAUUGACUGGAGGAAACACAUCCACUCCACGCCAAGAAACAAAAGCAAAACAAAUUAUGAAACUCCACAGUCACCAUCACACAUGUUUGGAGGCCCAGAAGUGAUGAUUCAGCAACAUUUCUUUUUUUACAAGUCUAUGUUUUAUUCUUUUAGGAAAAAGCUACUAACUCUAUCUGUAAUUGUGCUUUUCCAAAACGUAUGGACAAUUUAACAUUUUCAUUUAUUUUGGAAGCAUGUUUUUUUGAAAGCAUGGAGUAGUUUGCAUCCUUAUAUAAAAGCCCCCACAGCACCUUUUUCCUUAGUUAGUAAAGAGCUUCCCUGAUGUCUGUUUUGUAUAGAUGGAUGAAGAUCCAGGCCGACAUUUUAAAGUGUUACUAAACUAUUGAAAUGAAAUGAGACUGUACAGUUAGUGACAUAAAGACCCCAUGAAAUGAAACUGAGUGAAUAAAUGAGAUUAAAGAGCCCAAAAACACAAACAACAUUCAACCUAACUCAGACAUUACUAGACCAGUCUUUAGUCAAACAAUAGAUCAACCAGUUCUUAUUCAUGUUGAGCUGAAUCAUAUCAGAUAUACCACACAACAUGCAGAGCAGGUCUAGACUGUAUUCUUUGUAAUAAUAAAUGUGUCAAAUAUUUGAUUACCAAAGAAAGGACAGUCACAGAAUACAAACACAGGUCUUUAUUUCAUCACUGCCGCUUCUUCAGUUACUGCUUGUGUGAUCAUGUCGGACACAUUUUCUUAAACUCUUGGUUAUUUCAUCAGAAACCAUAUCUUUGGUUUCAUGGGCUCCUUGAAAUAUUGAUUUUCUUUACUUUUUGCUUUCUUUGAUGUCUUUGUGAAUAGUUGAACACCUUUAAAGAAACUGUCCAAAACGACUUGUGUCUGGACUGGUUUAUGUUACUGUUUGGACUGUUUGUUAUAGAAUUAUUUAGUUUAAUGUUUAAAUUAAUCUUUCAGUUAUGUUAAAAAAAAAAACAUGACGGUUGCAUGUUUGGAAGUGUUUUUUAAACUGCUGUGUCCAGGGGCUCCUUGACACAAACAAUAUGUCUUUAGGAGUUUUAGAUGCUUUUGGGCUAAACUGUUUGAGUCCCUGCUGUCCCUCUGUUCUAAGAAGAAUAACAAUGUGUGAGGCUUUGCUUUCCCAUGUGGUGACUAGCAUUAGGAAAACCUAUCUGAGGACUUAUUUCUGAUUUGAAUAACUGUAUAUUUAACUCUGUGAAAUGAAGGAUAUGCAAGUGACUGAAGGUGAGGCAGAUGAAGAAGUUACAGAGCAGGUGACACUGUUAAAACAAACAAACCUUUUACUUCAGAUUCAUGUAGACUCAUCCCUGUUAUUAUUCAUCAUAAAGAUUCCAGAGCCCUGCUGUAGCUGAAAUGAAGUUUGAAAGUUAAGAAGGAUAUUCAUGUUUAAAAAAAAGUGUUACAAUGUUGUGAUUGUGAAGACAAAGGGGUUACACGUGUUUGUUGAUUUGUUGAAAUAUAAAAAGAGACUGUCAGUAUUAGUUUGACUUAAUUGUGAGGGGAAACGUCUUUCUAUCAAAGGGAAAGGUGCCUUAGAGGGAAUUGCAUAUUGAAAACAGAAAGCAAUGAACCUCCAACAUUUAAAUGCACCUUUAUCUGUAUAGACUAUAGUGAAUUUGCCUCAUUCCUUGUUGACCUUUUUUUGGAUUUAAUGAUGUCAUUUUCUGUCAUUCAGAGUUCUUUGCACACCAGGUUUGGUUUAACAUUUUGUCAGUGUUUCCUUAUAUUUACCAAAGACCAAAUUCAUGCUGUAUUAUCUUAUGUCAAACAUUCAGAGAGAAGGCUGUGCUGUGUUUCUGUAGCUGAUGUGUUUUCUUUUUUCAGUCUUGCAUGAAUAUUUGUCGUUAUCAGAAACUAGAAUAAAAAAUCGUACUAUCAA